ACAAAACUUGCCAAUGGCACUUCCAGUAUGAUCGUGCCCAAGCAAAGAAAACUGUCUGCAAGCUAUGAGAAGGAGAAGGAACUCUGCGUCAAGUAUUUUGAACAGUGGUCCGAGUCUGACCAGGUGGAGUUUGUGGAGCACCUCAUCUCCCAGAUGUGUCACUACCAGCAUGGACAUAUAAACUCAUACCUCAAACCCAUGCUACAGCGGGACUUCAUCACUGCACUGCCAGCUCGGGGAUUGGAUCAUAUUGCUGAGAACAUUCUGUCAUACCUGGAUGCCAAAUCGUUGUGUGCUGCUGAGCUGGUGUGCAAGGAGUGGUACCGGGUGACGUCAGAUGGCAUGCUGUGGAAGAAGCUCAUCGAGAGAAUGGUCAGGACAGACUCCCUGUGGAGGGGCUUGUCAGAGAGGAGAGGAUG